UGAUUUACCUGGACGACCAGCCUGGUCGUGUAGACAAAUUGUGUAUUGACAUCAAUUCAUUUCCAGGAAAUUAACUUCACUGACUCGCUUAGACAAUGGAAUAAACCAGUUUUGUCUUAAAUAUUCGUCCAAGAGUUAUUUGUGUCAACUGUCAUCGUUUGUAGGGAAAAACAAAACGUAAAAAUGAGCCACGUCCACGAAGGCCCUCUGGCCACUUACAACUCCCUAACGGACCCCAACCUUGCCGGGUUUUUUGGGAACACAAGAAUGAGGCGUCAUCUGAGAAAAAAUGGCCUUGUCAACCGUCGAGGUGAGAUUAUCAGUGAGAACCAGUACAGACUGAACAUGGCGCGUAAGGAGCACAAGAAGCAUGUGAAAAAUCUGCUUGCGCAGGCUAUCGUGCACAAAACACUUGACCUGGAGCGGUACAGGCAGGUUGAAAUAAAGAAAAAGUUGGAGGAGAUUGCGAAGAUUGAAAUGGUUCGGAGAGUGCGGGCUACUAGGGGUAGGAAAGGAGAUGAGGAAUUGCUGCCCUAUUUGACCCCAAGGUCUCACAGCCGACCACAGAGCGGCCCCUCAGAUGCUUCGUCGUCGUCAUAUAAACGACCUAAAAGUGCCCCCGGCCAACCCAGACACAGGGUGGUCUCAAAAACAUUCUCUAAUGAUCCCUAUGAUGAAGUGAUAUAUAUGGACAAUGACGGAUAUCCCGUGGAACCCCCUCCAGCAUCUGAACGCUAUGAGACCAAGAACACGAUACGCGACUCUGACAUUGACACCAGGCAUUUAUAUGCUCUGGAUUCUGAAGCCCUGCACCAGUACGCUCUAAGAAUGUCAAAGGCUGAGAAAGGCAGAGACGGAGCCACGUCCCCCUACCUUAUCUCUCAGUAUCCUGUCCCUCCAAAGAGCGGUAGACCUUCAAGGUCGUCAUCUGGAAGGUCAAGGUCAGGGCUGAAGUCACCAAAAUCUGGGUCAGGGAGGUCAUCCCCGCGACGAUCAGCUAGAAUGUCUGGACGGCCUGAGUAUCCGGCAAAACGGACACAGGGGGGAUCAGCUGACAGGAAUCUUGAGAAAGACCAAAAUACGGUGGAACUCUCACCACACAAUGAAGGUUCUCUGAUGCUGCACCGCCAGGAACCUGCCAUGAUGCAUCAAGGAGAGAUCCAGACCCUGUGUGAGAUCACCAUGAAGUACCACGGGCCCAACCUGACCCUGCCACGUGACCAGUUUGACCCUACCCAGGAGGUCAGCAUAGAGCAGCAGCACUGCGGGGGCAACACUCUCCCCGUCUUCAAGGAGAGGAUCCAGGGAGGAAGCACAUUUUCCUUUGUGUCACGCCGCCACCGUGGUUACCCAUUCAGCCUCACGGUGUACAUCGACGGACGUGUUGACUGCCGUGUGAGCACAUGCUGCGAGUACAAGCAUGCUAUCGGCGUGAAACUUGGCGGAAAAAUGGGCCACUUUAGUCUGACUGGCAUCACUGGGGCUACACCCUGCUACAAGUGCAAGCUGAGUGUCCAAGCCCCACCCCGUAGCCUGAAACUGAAGAAGGGAGCAGCUAAGAAGAAGAAGGAGCCCCAAGGUCAAGAAGAGGUCACAGUGUCAGGAACCCCAAGAACACCAAUCACAGAAAAGAAACAGGAAAAAGAGGGUUACAUUGCAGGAAAGAGCGAUGAUGAUAACUAUGAUGACGAUUUUGAGGAUGAGGAAUCUAAAGGCAAGUACACAGACGACUUUGAGGAUGAUAGUAAAGACAAGCGCCACAUUAUUGGUCUCCGUGACAACGAGACACGCUUGAAUGGGCAGACGGUCUCUGUGGAUGUGCAGGAGAAAGAGAAACAGGAUGAAAAAGAGGGAAUCUUACCUCCACAUCGAAGAAUUGAGGGCUAUUCCUCAGAGGACGAGGAUGCUGAAGGUCGUGGGAUCACUUAUCCCAAGGCUGACGUGCAAAAGAAAGGUCAGAGAUCAAGUUCAUCCUCCUCCUCAUCCUCCUCAAGGUCCCGUUCCCGUUCAAGGUCAUGUUCCCGUUCAAGGUCCCAUUCCCGUUCAAGGUCACGUUCAAGAUCAAGCUCUAGGUCGAGGUCAGGAUCAUCUUCCUCAGAGAGGCCCAAAUCUCCAAAACAACCCGAGCGCAUCAUUCAUGCCCGGCCCAGAACGCCUGAACCCUCUGGUGAAAAGAAGAUAUCUCGUGAGGAGACAGUACAAAAAGUUGUCGAUGUGAGCACUGCAAGGUCAGACGGUGGGGACACUGCCAGAAGCUCAGGAUCUACAAGCAGUGACCUUACGACAGAAACUGAGAGUUCACCGAGGUCACUGACCCCAAAACCACCAGUAACAGGUGGCCCAACAAAGCGAACACGAUCAUCGUCAUCGUCAUCAUCAAGCACACUGACAUCCGAUACCGAGGACGAGAAAUUCACACGCAAAAAACGGGAGGAGAAAAUACGUCAAGAGAAUGAACAACGAAGAAAACAGGAGGAGGAAGAAAGGAAGAAGGAACAGGAGAAGCGAGAACAGGAAAGAAAGCAAAAACUUCAGAUGGAGGAAGAAAGGAGGCAGGUAGAAGAGGAAGAAAGGAAGAAACGUUUUAUGCUGCAGCGAAACGAGAGUCAAGAGAGGUUAAAGAAAAUGGAGGAAGAUCGUAAAGCAAAAGAGGCAGAGUUGAACAGGCAGAAGGAAGAAGAGAAACAAAAGAGGAUGGCUGAUGAAGAGCGGAUAAAAAGAGACUUCGAGAAACAGCUGAGUUUCAUUCAGAGCCAGAGAGAAAGCGGCACUGCCACAAGUCUGUCUGAUGAAAGAAAGCCUAAGAUUGUUGAAAAGACCGAUAUUGGGAGGACAUCUGAGCAAACCAAACGACGAGGGUCCACCUCCAGCACUGCUAGUUCUUCAUCUUCAUCUAGCAGCAGCUCUGGCAGAGAGUAUGUGGUAAAAAAGGAGGAAAAACCACAGCCUGCUCCUCAGAGCAGUAGCUAGAAAAU